CGGCUCUUGCUUUGCGCUCGCCUCGCCCGCUCUUCUCCGCUGAGUUUUGCCUCCUCCUCCCACCCCUCUCCACCCUCUCGCACCUCCAGAGCGAAGAUGAUCAAACCUCUGGUCCAGGCGGAGGAGCCUUCUGCGCUGCCGCCGUCUCCCCUGGCCAAGAAAGACGUGGAGCUCUUGCUGGUGAAAGAGCAGAACGGGGUGCAAUACACCAGCAGCCACCUCCUGGAGCACGCCGGCCCCAGGUACAGCCCUGCCGGCGCCCCGCUGCAGGAGCGCGAGACUUGGGGCAAGAAAAUCGACUUCUUGCUCUCCGUGGUGGGCUUCUCCGUGGAUCUGGCCAACGUCUGGCGGUUCCCUUACCUCUGCUACAAAAACGGAGGAGGUGCCUUCCUCAUCCCUUACAGCCUCUUCCUCAUCAUUGCAGGAAUGCCUUUGUUUUAUAUGGAACUUGCUUUAGGCCAGUAUAAUAGAGAAGGGGCUGCUACUGUAUGGAAAAUCUGCCCAUUGUUUAAAGGCGUGGGCUAUGCUGUGAUCCUCAUAGCACUCUACGUUGGCUUCUACUAUAACGUUAUCAUUGCCUGGUCUCUUUAUUACCUGUUUGCCUCCUUCUCCAUGGGGGAGCUUCCCUGGAUUCACUGCAAUAAUCAUUGGAACACCCCCAACUGCACAGACCCCAAAGUCAAUAAUUCUAUCUUCUUCAACGUUAGCUCCAAGCUCAAGAAUACGCCAGCUGCUGAAUUUUACGAGCGGAGAGUUUUGCAAAUUAGCCGUGGGAUUCAUGAAAUCGGACAGCCCCGGUGGCAGCUGGUGCUGUGCCUCUUGGUAGUAGUCAUAAUCCUGUUUUUUAGCCUGUGGAAAGGCGUGAAGACCUCUGGAAAGGUUGUAUGGAUAACUGCGACGUUGCCUUAUGUUGUGCUGUCUGUCCUGCUAAUCCACGGGCUAACUUUGCCUGGUGCAUAUGAGGGAAUCAAGGCGUAUCUCAACAUAGAUUUUGGACGAUUGAAAGAAGCUCAAGUAUGGAUUGAUGCUGCCACACAGAUAUUUUACUCUCUUGGAGCUGGGUUUGGUGUCUUAAUUGCCUUUGCGAGCUACAAUGAAUUCCACAACAAUUGUUACAGGGAUGCACUUAUGACUAGUACAAUCAACUGCGUCACCAGCUUCAUCUCUGGCUUUGCCAUUUUUUCUAUCUUGGGCUACAUGGCUCAUACAUACAAAGUCAGCAUUAAAGAUGUGGCUACAGAAGGAGCUGGGCUGGUUUUCAUCCUUUAUCCAGAAGCUAUUUCAACUCUCAACGGAUCAACGUUUUGGGCAAUUGUGUUUUUUAUAAUGCUCCUUAGCCUGGGCAUAGACAGUUCUAUGGGUGGCAUGGAAGCGGUCAUUACCGGUUUGGCAGAUGAUUUCCAGAUCCUGAAGAGAAACAGAAAGCUGUUCACACUUGCCGUCUGUAUUAGCACUUUCCUCCUGUCUCUCUUGUGCGUAUCCAAUGGCGGGAUUUACAUACUGACUCUUCUGGAUACUUAUGCUGCUGGGACCUCCAUCUUAUUCGCUGUUUUGGUGGAAGCCAUCGGUGUUUCUUGGUUUUAUGGUGUAGACAGAUUCAGCGAAGACAUCCAGCGAAUGUUGGGUUUUAAACCGGGCAUCUACUGGCGAUUGUGUUGGAAAUUUGUGAGCCCUGGUUUUUUACUGUUUGUAAUCUUAGUGAGCAUCAUAAAUUCCAAACCGUUGACCUACGACCAAUACACCUUCCCCACUUGGGCCACUUCUGUCGGAUGGGCCGUUGCAUCAUCUUCCAUGAUCCUUGUGCCUGCAUACAUCCUCUACAAAUUACUGAGGACACCAGGGACCUUUCAACAAAAAAUAGCGUACUGCAUCACGCCAUACAACGAGCAGCCUCUAGUAGACCAAGGAAAUGUGAGACAGUUUAAGCUUCAACACUGGAUAUCCAUAUGAUAACUGUGACGUUUGACAGAAAAAGUCAAUAUGUUGAAAAACACAGUUGGGAACACCUGAGAAAACCAGUGAUGAAGUCUGGGCCAUCCUUGGUUGUUAAUUGACUGGCUGGAAAGCUGAUUCGGAUUAUUAAUUCCAAAUUUCUAUGGGCGAAGAUUCAUCUUCCUCUCAAACACUUAAUAGUUCAAGGGUUUUUUUUUUCCCCAGACGAACUUCCUUGAUAACUUGAUUUUUUUAAUUAUUCUUUUUUAUUUAAUAAUAAUAAUAAUUUAAAAAAUGCAACAAUUAAUUUUCGACACGCUAAACAUGCUCCUGAUCAAAAAAGGGACCAUGCUUGCUAAUGCCAGCAGCAAAGACUUAGAGAUGUCUACUUUUGCUCAAAGGUAAUUUUACUUGGAGCAGGCAGAGAGAGAGAGAGAGAGAGAGAGAGAGAGAGAAGGGAAGAGAGGGAAACAACAAGAAGAACAUAUUUUGGAAUCUUCAAAAGAAAAGGAGUGGUUAUGUUUCUUUAUUCAAGGAGGAAAAUGGUAGAGAAGAUUGCUUCUGAUGACAUUGACAUCAGACAUGAUUCACCAACUGAUUAUACACCAAAGCAAGCUAGUAGGACAAUCUUGGACACCUUGACCAUUUCUGGUUCGGUGGAGAAAUCCAGAGUCAGCUCUCCGAUGAAGAAACUUUCCCUUGUGCUUCGAAGUCUUUGGCAAGCGAAAACCUGGACCGUUGUAAGACGUUUUCCAAUCAAUUGUCAAACUCUUUUUCUUUCGUUGUUGGAGCAGAUGGUGACUUUUCAUGCAUAGGUUAGGCAACGUUAUACAGAUACCAAAAUAUGAUGCUUUUCCUUAACAAGAGUCUAGGAUGACAUUCAAUUUCAAACUCGUAGCCACGUGCAACAGCGAAAUAAAUAAAUAAAUAAAUGGCCUGAGAAUAGUCUUAUCCUCUAGCUAUGUUUUGUUCUUUAUUCCUGCCAAAUAAAGAAUCCACAGAAUAGAUUCCUGUUUUUUUAAACAAACUUAUGUAAUUUAUGCCAAAUUUAGUAAUUUAUGCCAUCGAGCAGCAUAGCUCAGUUCUAAUUAACUUUCAAAGGAACUGGGAAGAGAAAACGUUGAAAUUUAGCAACUUUCAGUGGCUGAUCAUUAGAGAAAAGGGUAAAUCCACGGAGGUUUUGUCUUUAAGUUUUAUGGACAAGCGUUUUCUAGACUAGCAAUGUAUCUUUUCAGAGAUAAUCUUCUUCCUUUGCUGUCACCAUCAAAAGCUGCCCAAAAACUAGUAGCUAGAAGUUGGAUGUUAACACAAGUGGUCAGAUCAAUAAUCUUCUCGUCAAUGGGAGAAGUUUGGAGAAGUUAGGAGAAGGGAGGCUUAUAAAAAUGCUGACAGCGAAACUCCAAAAGAGAAUUACCCCAAAAAUGAAAGCUUUAGAAUCCCCCCAAAAAAUAAUCCCAACUCUUUCUUCUAUUUGACAUAGAAGCCUUUUUAUACAUGGGGUGUUCGCAGUUGUACCUUUAUGGAAACAUCUACUCUAUAAUGUCAUCACCACCUCUGGGCUUAGAAAUAAUCAAGGCACCGUUUUCCUUUCAACUCCAUGCUUGGUUUUUUUUUAAUCUCUCAGUCUAAUCUACCCCAGGGAAAUUGUGAGGCUAUAACCUCUCAUUUCUUUUGCAGAUGGUCUGCGUAAAAGACCUAUUGCAUGAAAUGAAAGCCUGCAGACAGCCCCUUCCAAGAUUCCCUUUUUGGCCCCAGCUUCAAAGCCCAUUAAGAGACUCAGAAUGAUGGAUCUCAAAGCUCUUCCUUCUUUACAGAUGACUUGGAAGUCAUAUUUUUUUUACCUAAUCCACUUUUUGUUUUUGUAAAAAAAAAUAUGUUAGAUUUAGCAGCCGUAUAUUCUUGACAAUUGCUUUAAAUUCAUCACCACCCAGCUUCACCUCUUGUCAUUUACAAAUCUCAUCCUUCUUUCCUGCCUUUCUCAUCUUCUUUCUUUGUCUUCAGCUUUGAGAAGUUGAGGUUCUCUUGUUUCAUUUUUCAACUCUUUCAAGCAGGCACCCUUGGGAUAGGUGUAUGUUUUGAUCAUCCUUUUUAGACUACCAUUUUUGGUGAGAAAGACCUUCUGAAGGCCAGGAGAAUCAUCUACUCUACCACUAUUAUAUAUAUAUCUAUCUUCCUGGUAAAGUUAGUUUUCUUUUCAAUCUCUGAAUCUAGAAUCCAGAUGACCCCCAGCAUGCCUUAACAUCAAAACAAUCUGCUCAGCAUUUGUAUGAUAUCCAUAUGCAAUUAAGUUAAGAAAACGUGGAUUGCAAUGAAGAGGGUGUGUGAAGAGCAAAGAACGGCAUUCAGAAAUACAGAGGAUGUUAAGUUUUCAUUUUGGUAUGUCUAAUGCGUUCUUUGUAGAGUUCCUUAAACCUCCUUAUAACAGUCUUUUGAGUUUGGGAUACCCUUCAAUCCGCUAACUAAUUCUCCAUGUCUCCAUGGUGGCUGGAGAAUUCUAGCAAAUGAAGACUGCAUUUCUAGAGGACACCUAGAUUGGAGAAAGCUGCUUUAGACGAACGAUCCAAGGUGAAUGGCCUUGCCAUUCUUCUUGGAUCACAAUUACCAUCCUUCUGCUAAGACUGUCUGCUUCAAAUUAGAAUUGAGUAGCUUUUGAGGGACAUAGCAGAUAUGAUUCAAAUGACCCUCAAAUAUUCUUUCACCCAACUUUCUAAUUACAGUGCAGAAGGAGACAGGGACUCAUGCCUGGAUCAUCGGUUCUCAUGAUAUAAAAACCAGAGUUUCAUAAGCAAAGUCAUGUCUCUCAGCUGCCAUUUUGUUCUCCAGCACCAAUCCAAGUCUUGAUGGUAUACAAUAGAUAGAUUUUCAUGUCACAGCAUGGAAAGUGAAAAAAGCAGAGGUCAGGGACUGAAUUCCAAUGAAUUCAGAUGAAUUUCCCACUCCCGGCAUGGAGUUGUUUUGAGGGAAUGAACAGCAACGGACUUUGCCUGAACGUAAAGACUACAUUGACCCGUAGCUUUCGCUAUGAAGAAAUGUCCACAUUUGGAGAAGUGUCCGUGCUACAUGAAGUCUGCUUCCAUGCUUUACAUCUGAAUUUACAGGAAAGCUUGAUUAGCUGCACUUGGUUCUGUCUGAGCUUGGUGGUUUUCUUGCAGACGUUUCAUCACCAAAUUAGAUAACAUCAUCAGUGAAGUUGCUGACUGAUUUUUUUUUUUUAUUUGCAUUUAUAUCCCGCCCUUCUCCGAAGACUCAGGGCGGCUUACACUAUGUUAAGCAAUAGUCUUCAUUCUAUUUGUAUAUUUAUAUAUAAAGUCAACUUAUUGGCCCCAACAAUCUGGGUCCUCAUUUUACCUACCUUAUAAAGGAUGGAAGGCUGAGUCAACCUUGGGCCUGGUGGGACUAGAACCUGCAGUAAUUGCAGGCAGCUGCUGUUAAUAACAGACUACAUUAGCAGUCUGAGCCACAGAGGCCCCAUGAUGAUGCACUGUUACCUAGUUAGGUCAUGAAAUAUCUGCAAGAAAAUCAUCAAGCUCAAGGACUCCACAGUUCAACCCUGGGAUACAAAUAUCCUUUAUUUUACAUUGAAUUAAUCACUAGGAGUGGCACGAUAUCGUUUAGAUUAAAUUUUUGUCCUCUUAUCCCUAAGGCUCUUCUUCAGAUGUCUUCUUAUUUCUAUUGCUUUUUCAGAAAUAGAAAUAACAGAGUUGGAAGGGACCCUGGAGGUCUUCUAGUCCAACCCCCUGCUUAGGCAGGAAACCCUACACCACUUCAGACAAAUGGUUAUCCAACAUCUUCUUAAAAAUUUCCACUGUUGGAGCAUUCACAACUUCUGGAGGCAAGUCAUUCCACUGAUUAAUUGUUCUCACUGGCCAGGAAAUUCCUUCUUCAUUCUUGGUUGCUUCUCUCCUUGAUCAAAUUAAAUUGAAGGAAGGAAUGCAAAGUCGUAUCAAGUCAAACUUCUCCGAAUCCACUUCAUUUUCUCAAAAUGGGACCAAAUGUUCACAGAAACCCCUUCCUUUAAUUCAACGUUGUUUCAGCUUGGAGAAAAAAAAAUAUCACAGCCUUAUUACAAGUUGUUUUGAACUUACUGUGGUCUUCAGUUCUAGUCUAGAACUGUCGAAGUUCCUUUCCAAUGGAAACAUGUUGCUGGAUGCCUUGGGAAGUUUAUCACUGGUGAAACUCUGUAUUUUAAAAAACGUUGCUUUUCCCCUGUCUGUCUCAGUAGACAUUUUUCCAGGUUGCCUUACAGAGAGUGCUUUAUCUUUAGCAUUUCUUGGGUUUCCUUUUGCUUAAUUUGUACUGCCCUUUUUUUUCCUUUAAUAACCAAAGGGAAAGUAAGGGUACGUCUGUGUAUAUCAAUCUUUUAAAAGUCCUGUUUUCUUCUUUUCUUUUUCAUAAAAGGGCGGAAAAAAAUGUAGAUUGUAAAACUAACAAAUGAAAAACGUGUUCCGAUCAAAAUCCGUCCCUUCUCUCUAAAUUGAAUCCGGUCAGCGGUUCAUUCCGUUUGGAAGGAUGGGCUGGAUUUUGAAUUCUUUGUGUAGUGUAAUAAAAGGAGAAUAACCUGUUUGUAUAGACAGCACUGUGCAAUGUUUUCCAAAGCUGCCUUAACCAGAUAGAUAGUCUUGUGUGGUUGUAUGCUAUAAUCUCAAGAAGAAGAAGAAAGUAUUUUUCCGUGUAAGUUUUAUUGUCGAAAAUUGUUCGUAGUCCUAAAAUGGGUGGAGAGAAUUUAACUGCCAUUCUGGUCUACUUUCCACCUACAUUGCGCAAAACACGUCAGGCUGUGAUUCUCCAUGAAUGAAACCACAGGAGCCCAAUCUUCGUUUCUCAAAUCGGUAUAUGGCGUAUAUCAAAAUCUUUAUUUUAAGAAGAGAUUUGGAAGUAGAUUUGUUGGGAAUAUAAAAAGGUGGGAGGCGGAAAUCAGGAUAAAUGGGCUUAAAAAAAAAGAGUUUGCAGAAGCAAAGAUUUUUCUUGUAAUAGCCUCCGAUUUCUUUUCAGACAAACCUAAAUUCCGAGGCAAGUAAGAGCUCACACACCACUAAAAAUGCAAUCUGAGCAUGGUGUAGCCAAGUGUCUUCAAUUCACACUUUCUUCUGUUGACUUUGGCUCUUUGCCGAUGGUUCAACAACACUUCCUUUUUAUCAAUCCUAUUUUGGAGGGUGUCUGAAAAUAGCAUUUUAUUAUAUCUCACCCUUACUACUGCAGCCUCCUUCCUCAAGAUGCGGAAACCUCCUUUCCAAAGUAUAUAACCAGAAACAGCUUCUUUCCUUUCUCGUUUAUGGACAUUAAGUGUGAUGUUUGCACUGGUUGACUAUAUCCAGGAUGUUCGGUCACGUUUUUGAGUAUCAAAAUAUUUGUCUCCCCCUCCCCCCAUGUCUUCUUGUCCUGUGGAUCCUUGAAGAUAAAUGGGUUAUGUCUGGCUUUGUUUUUCCAAGCUGUGCACUGUAAAUACUGUGUUUCAAAGUCUUAUUUAAG